GUACGUCUGUCCAUGGAUCCGCUCGCCGCCGCCGCCGCCGCGUCGCCGCGAGCGCACAAGAUCGUGUACCGGUUCGAGCACUUGCUGGCCAAGCACUUGUGGGUUCAAAACAAGCUCCGCACGGUGUGUGUCCUGUGCUCGAAGCGAUUCUUUCUCGGUGGAAAGCACCACUGCCGACGAUGUGGCGAAGUGUUUUGCAGCGACUGCACACAGUUUGAGACGGCGCAGCUGCCCGGCGCCAGCCGCACGCGCGUCCGAGUGUGUAAAAUGUGCCUGGCCCGGGACUGCCAAGACGAGUCGCUGCUUGUCGUGUCGACGUCCAGCUCGGACGACGACGAAGCUGAGGCCGAGCUCCUUCGCAAGACCGAGAAGAUGCUUCUGAGCCCGACCCCCCGUCCCGCUCGACCCAACAACGUGAAAACGGAAAAAGCGCUCCUCGACACUCGCACCACGACCAACUCGGUCGUGUCGUCGGUACACAGCCACGGAAGCGGCGACUCGUCACCCCGAUGGCGGCGCCAUCCUGGCGGGCAUCGCGGCAUUUAAAUCGAUAGAUAUAUCUGACUUGGAAUGGUCGA